CUCUGGAACGUCGUCUUGUCUCGCACUGGCCGAGGGCAUGAUGUCAAGCUACCAUCUGCCAGCGACAUGUCCACAGCAUCUCCUCAACGAGGCUGUGGAGUCACAACGGCAGGAAGUCACACGACACGCGAGUCCGCACUCGCGUCUGCUGCCUCUCUUCGCUCUGGCCGAAACUCAAAGGCCGACUCCAGCCGACCCCCAUUGCUCAUGUCGACAGGUCCAGAAUUUCUGAUAUUGAGCAACGACAUUGUCUAGACAUAACAACUCCUCAUGGCAGACCAGCGAUACAUCUUCAGCAACAAAGAACUCGAAGUCUAUUUUGACAGGAUAUGCCUGCCGGAACACAAGCGAGUCUACGAUGUGACUGGACUCUCCAACGAUGAUCAGCUCGAAUUCCUGCACCUGCUGCAAAAACACCAAUUGGUCAAAGUACCAUGGGAGAACUUGACCCAGCACUAUAGCUGGCACAAAGUCAUCAAUUGCAAGCCCAAACACCUGUUUCGCAAGAUCGUGCGUCAACCAGGUCGAGGCGGCUACUGCAUGGAAGCCAACCCCUUCUUCCACCACGUCCUCUUAAGCCUCAAAUUCGACGUCUACAUGUGCGGAAGCCGCAUCUUCCAUGCCAAAACCCAAACCUACGGCGGCUUCACCCACGUGGUAAACCUCGUCACAAUUGCUGGAACGAAAUACCUCCUCGACGGCGGCUUCGGAGCCCAAGGUCCCUCUCGCCCCAUGCCUCUCCACCACCGCGAAGUCCUAACCCAAAUCUAUCCCGCCCAAAUGCGUCUAAUCUUCGACACAAUUCCCCAAAACCUCAACAGCAGCCACAAAGUCUGGCAAUACCAAUUCCGUUACUCCUCCCCUUCUCCCCGCUCCUCCCCAGCAACUUCUCCGGAUCGAAGACAAGAACCCUGGCAAACAAUGUACUGUUUCCCCGAUAUCGAAUUCCUUCCUGCCGAUAUCGAGGCCAUGAAUCUCGAACCUUGGCUUAGUCCUCAUACAUUUCUCACGCACAAAGUCGUCGCUGUACGAUUUACUACAGCUCUCGAACGGAAUGGAACUAAAGGACCUGCGUCUCCUUAUGAAACGGAACUGGAAGGCGAAAUUGACGGGGCUAUAGUUUUGAAUCACGAUGUGCUGAAAUGGCGACGCAGAGGACAAAAAGUCGCUGAAAUUCCAUUUCGAUGCGAAGCAGAUCGCGUAGAAGCGCUAGGGAUGUACUUCGGGAUCACAUUGAGUGAGGAGGACUUGGAGGGGAUCAAAGGGACAGCGGCGGAAAUUGGGGCUGGGGCAUUGACGCAUGGGUGAGAUGAGAAUCGAAGUAAGUGUUGGUCAGAGGGAAAUGUGCUGUGUUCUGUUGGCCAGACUUCGCUUCCGAGACCGCUUGUAAAUAAAAUUUGUUUAGAAUUGAGGGAGAGGUGAUUGGAAAGUGGAGAAAAGGAUUGUACAUACAUUGGAGAGUCGACUUGUCAACAUAUCAACAUCAGCCCA